AUGGUGAAGGCGGCAGUGGUGGCCGUACUGCUGAUGCAAUGCUGCGACGUGAUCCUCGCGGCGAGGCCAUUGCUGCAUGUGGCGGCAGGGGCGGACGGCGGGUGGCAGGGCGCCGUGAUAACAAUGGUAAUGCAAGUGCUAGACAAGGGGCCGCCGGGCGGCGCCGGCGCCCCCAACUGCGACUGGAGGAAUCCCGGGAACCCCGGCUGCCAGACCUAA